AUGUUCGGCAACCAAAUCUCUCAUGUAGACGAUGGGGCUUUUUCAGACUUGGUGGCUCUAGAGGAGCUGAAUCUUGGUAUGAACAAACUCACCUGUCUCUCAGACCACACGUUUCAUAGCCUGGACAACCUGUUAGUGCUAACACAAAAAUCCAUCACAACCAUCACCCCAUCAUCCAAUUCAGUUCCUCUCUUGUUUAAAAGUAGUAGGCUUAAAUAACAACAGGCUGAGACAUAUCAAAUAUGUUUCCAUCUUCCAAUUACCACAACAGCAGGAGUUGGAUAUUAGUGACAACUUAUUUAACUAUUUUCAGUCAUCAAAAUAUCAAAGACGUCCACAGGGCUGAGAAAGCUGGAUGUAUCUGGGAAUCAUUUUAAAAUCUUCAGCAUCACCGCCAAUGUUUUUCCUCACCUUCAGACAUUACACCUAUCCUUCUCUGGCCCAUAUGAAAAUGGAAGCAUGGAAUGGGAUGUUCCAGACAGAUAUUUUCUAAGGAACGUGUCCAGUCUUGACUUGAGCUGGAUCCACAUGUCUAUAGAGAUGAUGAGUAUGGUACUGCAGAGCCUCAACUCAUUAGUAAACCUGAAACUGAAUCAUACAGGUGAAUAUAAGCCUGAACCUGUAUGUUUCAGGUUCACUAAUGAUUUGAGGCUCUGCAGCACAAUACUUAUCAUCUCUACAGACAUGUGGACCCAGCUGGGUCUCACGGGCAAAACAUUUCAGUGGCCUCCCUCUUGACUGCUGAGAGAACAAUUUAAAGUUUUUAAGUACAUUUCCUGCAAUUCUAUGAAAUAUUCCAUGGGGCAUAGAGAAAAUAUUUCAGUUUUAAAACAAGUUUUUUGCAAUUCUACACAUUUUGCCAUGGGGUGGAGAGAACAUUGUGCAAUUAUAAAACAACUUUCACGCAAUUCUACUAUUUCUGGCAUGGGGUGGACAGAAGAAAUGUCAGUUUUACAGCAAAUUUCCUGAAAUUCUACACAUUUUGCCCUGACUUAUGCCAAGGCCUCUGGGCAGGUAAUUCGGCCAUUCUUACUACAAGUUUAGAUAGCUGGCUAAACUAACUUACCAAUUUUAAUUUUUUUUGCUGACAUGGGCUAAUUGAGUGAGUGUCAGUGACCGAGAUAACAAGAGGAUAACUGCUGAUGCACAACCAAAUUUCGAAACUGCACCUUGUGUUUUUACUACUGUAACUCUGACAAUUCUAUAAUAUAAUUGUCUGAUAAGUCCAACUCAGUCAUCUGUAUGCAUGGUUGCAGCAGUUCCUCAGAUACAAUAGUGAAGUCGUUAUAUUUCAGGUGUCCUCCAAAAUUAUAUUAUAGAAUUGUCUGAGUUAUCUUUCAGGUCAAUGAAACAGUUGAGAAUACUGUUAUUGGGUAAAAACAUCCUGUCUUCUGUGCCAAAUGCCACAAGGAAUUUCCCUACUUUGGAAAUCCUGGAUCUCAGUGGCAAUAGGAUCAUUAAAUUAGGCUGUUCAGAUUUUGCCAAUCUCACAAGAUUUACAGAACUCUAUCUUGACUUCAAUAAAAACAUGAACUUUGAAGGAUGUGUUUUCCAGGAUUUGGGAGCUUUAAAGCCCCUGGCCCUUGGAAACAACCUAAUCCUGGCCUUGGAUGGUGCUUUCAAUUAG